CCAUUCCGGCCGCUUUUCGCAAAUUAAUGAUGGUGUCCACGAGGAGAGGAAUCCAGCGACUAUUUUAUUCGAAAUGUUCCAUAAAAGUGCUGGUGAUAUUAACGAUAAGUACCUUUUCUAUAUGUGUUUUUCUUCAUGGGCGAAUGGGACGAACAGAAGUAAAUGAAAUUGUCGGCGAAUUUCCUAUUGGAAUCGGUGAGUAAACAAACUUUAAAACCGAGAGCUUUGCGUAUGGGGAAAUCUGUGUUUAAUUACAGUGUCACGAUGGCAGCGGGCUCUCAAAAAGAUCCUUUGCGCGCCAUGAUUCAGUCAGAUAACAUACUGAUUUUGCGUUGAUUUUUAGUAAGCGAUGUUGUCAACCAAAUGAUUUUUUCGGUCUUUCUAACGCAACAAUUAAUCUAAUUUCGCUUAUUCCUAGGUGUGGUAAAGUUUCCGCAGAGCCUAUACUAUUGUAAAAAAAAUCUGUUUUCCCGAUGGAAAUGUGUUGUUUUUGUCAUUGUUUUCUCUAGUCAAGAACUGAAUGCAUAAUGUUGUAGGGGGCUGUGCAGCAAUUUUACCCAAGGUGUUUUCAUAACUGUAUAUCACCUUAAAACUAAACGAAGACAGGGCUAAUGUUAACGACUAACUAAGCCUGUCGUGACUUAAAUGAUUCUCAGUAAUUUUAUUCAUUCGAGUCGCACGCUUUUACAGUAUACUUCUUGUGGCGUUUAUCGAAGUCAUCUAUGCAUUGGCUAACGAAACUGUAAGCUGUAAGUCGAAACUAAAUUUUUGUUUCCUGCCAACGCUUUCCUUUCCAUUGAUAAUUAGCUCUCUAGUAUUUCUAACGUGCAACAGACAAAACAUUGCAACGAAAAGUUGUGUAUCAAGAUUGCGGGUAAUUCAUUUGACAAUUAUUAACUUUGGCUAAAUGUUUGGUAGUUAGGCUUCCUCUAAUCCGAUUACAUGCAUUUUUCUACUAAAAGGUUCUUUCAAACCUCUUGGGAGUCUCAAUCGUUCCUUUCGAAAUGUCAAGCGAUUCACGAAAUAUCCGAACUUGAUUGCAACAUAAAAUCGCAAUGUUCUUGCUUCUGCCCGGAGAGAUAUAUUAAUUGAGUGAAUAUUCCUGCAGAAUAUUCGAGUGAUUGGUGCUUGUCUCGAAAUGCUGAGAAACUAAAGACCAAUUGAAUUAAUCCACUUUGGAACGAAUUUCCCAAGCUUGUGUUUACUCAGAGAUUGCUUGGUUAUCGGCGUAUUUAGAUCAGAUGAUCGGGCACGAUCUCGAGUAGGCUUAAAAUACAAAACAGACAGAAAUAUUCAGUAAAUGCUCAUACAAAACCUCACGCAAACCCAACGAGAGAGUUCAGAUCAGUGAUUGCUUAGAAAUGCUCAGCGAUUUUAAAAAUUAACCGACAUAAUUUCGAAACCGGUUGGCUUUUCUAAACAAAUAUCUGCUACUAUCAAGAAGUGUGAUAGAACCUAUAAUUUAAAGUCUGUGAACAUUUUUUAACUAGCGGGAAUUUAACCAAGGACCAGCCCGACUGUCGGGUUUCUGUUUUGUCACAUUUGCUUUGUAUUUGUCUGACUAGUCCGCAAUCUUGCACCUCUCUAAUACUAUUUAUUAUAGUAAUAUCAUACUUUUAAGUUUGAACAUCUCUUCCACAUUUAAAUGUAGAGAAACUCACGGGUCAAAAGCAAAUCAAGCCAUAGCAGCAAGUACCUGGAAAAAAAUGAGAAAAAAAAAAUAAGGUGCGUGUCUUCUUGCCUAAACCAUAGGAUGUUUAGGAAUGUUGUUUGAUGUACUGGGCUUUUCAUCGCUUGAACGCACAAACACGAUAAAAAACAACAGAAGCGCGUUGCAAAUGAAAUAUUACUUUUUAUUGGGUGUCUUGUCAAUUUAAGACUGGUCUCAAAGAUUCUCGAGAUUCGUCACCAUUUACUUCGACAUAGUUUUCUCCGUGUCUCAAAUGAAUGCAUCACUCUCCUUCUGAUUUUCAUUAAACAAGAUCAUUCAUAUGCAAAAAUAUUUCGUUUGUGAAGGUCCUUUUCACAAAAACUUAAUGACGCGUAAAUUAAUGUCAACAUCAACCAUAGUUUGUGACAUUUCCACUGUUCAACUGUCUCAGGGGUAUUUCGUAUGGGACUUCAACGUCUAUAUGUUGUUUUUGUAAACUGUGAUAAUUCGCAAAAAUGUUGUGGUUAUUCACUAUGCUAGAACCAAAAAAAUUUAGUGCGAACAAUAACAAAGGAAACCACAAUAAUAACAACAAAGAGAAAACAUUAGUGUAGAAUGCUUCGAUCAUAAGGUGACGUGAAACCAGUCGACCUCAUUGCCCAAGAAUAUCAGCAGAGAUGACGAUAACAGCAGACAAAAGAUCGCGACACGUAGUCAACCGACAAAGCCACAGGCCAGUGGGGGCGACAACUGGGGACUGGGGAGGGUGAGGGGGGCUCUCUUUUGAGAAGGUGGCAUGAAAGAGGAUAUCCAAAAAGGUGUUCGAACGUGUUUGCAUAUUCCGCUCAGUGAGAAAACGAAAAGUUGUGUUACGACUUAUCUUUAUGGCUUCUCUUCUUUAUUCAGCUAACUGUUCAACUCACUAGAUCAAGUUUAAUACACUUCUUAAUUUAUUAAUUAGUGAACAUGUUUGGGCUAAAGUCUUGUCGAUCUCUGAGGAUUAAAGCUCUCGAUAAAACUGCUAACCAAAAUAUUUGCACAAGGUUUGUGGGAGUGAGCGACAAAGCGCUGGAGAUUCUAACCCUAAAGGAACAAUGUUGAUACAUAAUUGAUAAAAUUUCAAAGCUAGACAGCUUGGCGUAACACACUAAUCAACGAAGCGUAACGUGGGGGCUUAGUCAAUAGGAAGGUAAUUGUGACAUGUAGAGGCUUAAAAAUUAUAAUGCGCGUGAGGCUCUCGUAUCAGUCAGUGACCCAUUGAUUGAUACGAGAGCCAUUUUGUUUCAAAUUGCGCAAAAGCCGCACCCUAGAAUAAACUCUAACUAUGAAAUCAAGAUCAGUGGUGUGUAGAGCACUUUUAAAACUUUCAAAGUUUGGCUACCAACGAUAAAUCACAAAUGGAAUAUACAGGCAGGUUGCUCAUCAUAAUCUAAGCCAAUUUUUUCGUUACAUCACUUUAAGUUCAAAUGCUUCAUAUUUUACACCAAUGAACUCCAUCUUUUGAACUCAUGCACGUAGUUUGCCUUGUAUGCUUUUGAUAUCGUGUUUGUGUGGUUUUCGUUUGUAGAAAUAAGAAAUCAUUUGUGCCCCAGUGGUCAAGUCCUAAGAAGCUCACUGGUGAAUAAACUUGGACGAUAUCCAUCCCAACAGAGUAAGUAUUAUGUGAAGUUCAUCUGGAUUAUUUUUCAGUCUUUUAAUGUUCAAUGAAGGUGUUAUUUGCUCCCAGGCUCCAUCACGUGCAGCUCUCGCGUUUAAAAAUGGCGCGGUUGACUUCCUCGCAGAUGUUUCAAAGGUAGCCUGCAGGACAAGUGUAAUUUUUUGCGUCUUUCAGUCAAAAAAUGGCAAGUGCGAGGCGAGCGUGAAGUACGAAUCACGCCCGUUCGCCUUUAAGACGUUAAAAAUCAUGCCGGUUCUGCAGGCUAUGUCAUAGUGCAAGGAACCGAAAAUAACACUCAGCAAUGUUUUGGUCUAUCAUCUGAAGUUUACAUUCUGUUCACUUUCAGGGCACAUGACGAUAGGUAUGACUUCAAUAAGCAGACCCAAUGGGGCAAACUAUCUCUUAAAAACGAUCCAAAGUUUAUUGGACAAAAUGAAUGACGCUGACAAAAAGAGAACAUUCAUAGUUGUAUUCCUCGCAGACUUUGACAAAGUUUUAAAAGCGAAUGCAGCUUUAGAUCUUUUAAAGUUCUUCGGGAAAGAAAUUCAGGAAGAUCUACUACAUGUAAUUGAAACAUCACCUCAAUUUUAUCCUGAUUUGUCUAAUCUUAAGCUGAAAUAUGGUGACUCGCAGGAUAGGAGGAGAUGGCGUUCGAAGCAGAAUUUAGACUUUGCCUUUCUGAUGUGUUAUAGUAGAAAUCUUUCUACGUAUUACCUCCACAUUGAGGAUGAUGUUAAUGCAUCUCCAAGUUUAAUUCCAAAGAUGGAUGAGUUUAUCUCUUCCCAAAAGGGAUACUGGCCAAUGCUUGACAUCUCCGCUAUGGGUCAUGUCGCAAAAGUUUAUCAGGCCAAAGAUCUCGAGAAUGUUGCAUCGUAUUUUUAUCUAAUGUAUGACGAAAUGCCCGUGGAUUGGUUAAUAUGGUAUUGGCGAAUGAUAAAAGGAACUGGUAAUGUACACUUGGUAGUUCCUGCAGCUUCUCUCUUUCAACACAAAGGUCUUCGAUCCUCUCUGAAAGAAAAGGAGUGGAGGAGAAAUACUUCUUAUGAUAGAUACUUUGACCUUUAUGAUCAUAAAUACAAUGGAUUAAACCCAGCAGCGGAAGUUUCCUCGUCGAUAGCAUCAAAUCUGGGGAGCCCUCAAGAUGCUUACAGAGGUGGUUCUGGAUACUUUUGGGGAAAGACUGUUCAUACUAAUGACCACGUGACUGUGAAGUUUGAUCAAGCUGUUAAUGUAGAGAAAGUGUUUGUAGACACUGGUUCUAAUUUAGCUGUGAAUGACUGGUUAAAGUUUGGUGUCCUUCAAGCAAAUUUUGAAUCUGAGAAACCCAGAAGUACCUGGUCAUGGCCUGGUACUAAUGCAGAAUCCUGUGGAGACUUUGUAACAGUUGGGUCAUUUGUAGAAGGUAAAGCAAACUUUACUUUGACAGAUUCACCAAAGAUGAAGUGUUUACGGAUUGUAGUCACACAGAGUCAAAAUGAAUGGCUCUUUUUAAGGGAGAUAGACGUUUGGGAGAAGACGUGAUAAGAGUAUCUGAAUUGCCACUCUCUAGUCGAAUUGUGUAGUGUAACUAAAAAAAUUAAAGGGCACUUAGAUUCAUUAGAGAGAUGUACGUCUGUGAAUCUGAUCCCCUCGUCCCCGAUGAAUUAAGUAUUUAUUUAAAAGGGAUAAGUUUCUAAAGAAACUUUGGUGCCGAGUCGGUGGAAGAGUAUAGCAGGAUAAUUUAGUAUUAUCAACUGAGUUUAUAGCGU